UUAGCGAUAUUUUUGGGGAAAAAGUUGGCAACAGUGUAUGCAAUGACGGUAGCCACAAAGUAGUUCAAUGUGACGUUUUUAAAAGCAUGUCGUUAAAUCGUAAGUGGGGAUGUGUAAAAGCUAAAAACUUAUGUCGACAAUGCUUGGGAAGACAUAGACACAAAUGCAAUAUAAAGAAAGAAUGUGGGAUAGAUGGAUGUAAAUAUAAGCACAAUCCGUUGCUGCAUAAAAAUGUAAACGUACAAAACACCACAUCAAGUGCAGCACAAAGUGACCAACAAAAUUCAGUACUGAAUGCGCACAGCAAUAAUUUCGAUGAGUCCCAACCACUAUUUCAUGAAGAAUCUGCAGUGACACUAAUAGAAAAAAGUAUUUUUGAAGAAUUGGGUCUUCAGGGCAAGAGUGAACCCCUGUGUUUAAGAUGACCGGCGACACUACUCGUACGGAAGACGACUCAGUAAAGGCAACAAUUACUAUAUCGAGUGUUACCAACAAUAAACAAUUUAAGUUGAACGCAGUUCACACUGUAAAUAAUUUGGGGCUUUCGCCACAAACUAUCGACGCCGAUGAAAUUUCAAGAAGAUACCCAUAUUUGUCGAAGCUACCAAUACAAUCGUAUAGCAAUGCUAUACCAGCAAUACUGAUUGGUGCCGAUAACUGGAAAUUAGCCGUCCCUCUUAAAAUACGAGAAGGCUCUUGGAAUCAACCAAUUGCAUCUAAGACUCGGCUGGGCUGGGCCCUGCAAGGCAGUAGAAUGAAGGACACCGAUUAAUUCCCUAUAAAUGUCCAUUUUUGCGACUGUCAAAAAAGGCUCCACGAUAUAGUAAAAGAAACGUUUAACAUAGAAUCAACUCGUCAAAUGCAGCUGCUUUCUUACGACGACAACAAAGCUUUGGCAAUUAAAACAAGUUAGAGUGCUAUAUUCGGCUGAACCGAAUCUUAAAUACCCUCCACCAGAUACUUUUAUAUU